UGUUAUUUCAUUUAUAAACGAAUCGUCACAUUUAUAUUUUCGCGGUUUGUUAUCCCAAGUUCAUAUAAUGACCGACGAGUGGACUUCUGUAAAAAAUUCUAAAAAUGCAUCUCGUAAUUAUUCAUCGUUCGGAUCUCGUGGAAAAACCUUCCAUAGACAUAAAAAUAACUCUACUAGGAUGUCAAAUUCAUCCAUAAAUAAUGGCGUAAACAUUCAUAACACCUAUCCUGCGGGUUUCGAUGAACCAAUUUCUCCUUCCUCUUCUGGAACUAUAUCUCCUGAUAUGUCUCAGGAAAUAUCUACUUUACCAUCAUAUCAUAUUGAAUUAUCUAUUGAAUGUCCUUUUGAUUGCCAACCAAAAGUGACUAUAAACAAUAGUACAACCUUAGUGGACCAUUUAAAAGAUGCUCAUAAAUUACGAAUUUCUAACUUGCAUCAUGUUUACUUGAUCAUUGAAGAAUAUCUGGGAUUUUGGGCAAAAGAAAUUACUAAGGACGGUGUCAAAGAACAAUUAAGCGUUGAUGUUGAUGGUGGUAAUUUAUAUUUUAUCUUUACAUAA